GUAAAGUUGCAACGCUCAAAUUAGGUGUCUUCUUCAAGACAUAUACCUCUGUAAUCAAAUCGAAGAGCGAGUCAAUUUCAGUAUGGUAACUGUGAGGCCAUUUACUUGUUUAGACUUGCUGAAGUAUGGGAAUAUUAAUCUGGAUAUGUAUACGGAAACUUAUAGUAUCGGCUUCUAUCUGCAUUAUUUGGCAAGAUGGCCUGAGUACAUGCGAGUCCUAGAAUCACCCACAUUAACCUGUUUCGAAAGGAAUCCAAAAAGUCUCUCGGAUACUCCACACACAGGCGGUUCACAGAACCCACCUCCCAAAGUAGUAUCAGUACCAUCUACGUGUCAACGACUAAUGGGUUACAUGAUGGCAAAGUCAGAAGGUCGUGGAGUGGAUUGGCAUGGUCAUGUUACUGCAUUGUCAGUGGCCCCUGAAUAUCGUCGUUUGAGAUUAGCUACUCAGCUAAUGCUAGAAUUAGAAGAAACAUCUGAACGGAAACGGUGUUACUAUGUUGAUCUAUUUGUGCGUGCAUCUAACAAGCUGGGAAUAGAUAUUUAUACUAAACUGGGCUAUAUUAUAUAUCGCAGAGUCUUAAAUUAUUACUGGGGUUCUAUUGAAGAUGAAGAUGCUUUCGAUAUGCGAAAAGCACUCUCAGCGGAUGUGCUUAAACGAUCCGUUAUACCGUUAACGAGGCCGGUACGUCCCGAAGAAUUAGAACAUCCAUAAACAUACACAUAAAAACCUAUUUAUUGAUUCUAAAUUUCGAAUUUUAGUACUUGUAAAUAUAUUUUUUGUCACGGUGA